AUGGUCUCUGUCCAUAAUGUAAAUGAGUUAGCGAAAGUUAAAAAGUUCCAGUACCUUCUCACGUCAUUGAAGGGCGAGGCACUGGACUUGGUAAAAGGGUUAGACAUCACCGACUCAAAUUACGAUGUGGCUUGGGAAAUAUUAUGUCAGCGCUUUCAAUGUGAAAGAAGGCAUAUUUUUCAUCACUUCAACGGGUUGCUUGACUUGCCAGAAGUGAAGGAUGUCCAGCAAAUUCCUGCACUUCUGACAAAAUACAGGGAGCACACCCAGGCAUUGGAGGGCCUCGAUCACAAACUGUCCGAGUACUCUUCAAUGCUCACUGCAGUCAUGGUACAAAAGUUAAAUAAUUACUUUCGAAAACGGUUUGAUGAUUUUCGAGGCACGGAAACGAAAUAUCCCACCAUCGAUAGCCUAGUGGAUUUCCUCGAAAAAGAGUGCCUUCAAUUAGAUGGUUCGGCAGCCAAGUCAACUAACCCGAAACACAAGCAACCACCAUCAAAGCAGACGCUCACGGCCUCAGUUAAGCCGAAACAGAGUUCGUCUCAACAAAAAUGUCCAUGCUGCACUCAAGACCAUCCCAUUUAUUUUUGCGAAUCAUUUUUAGCUAAAUCAAUCCCUGAACGCCGAUCAUUCGUCAAAGAGAAAAACCUGUGUUUCAACUGCAUGAAAUUCAAUCACUCCAGUUCGGUUUGUAAGAACCAAUACACCUGCAAAACAUGUCAUAAAAGGCAUAAUUCACUUCUACACUUAGAAGACACGUCAACUCAAGAUUCAUCAAAAUCUCCCAAAACAGCUAUGGUUUCCAACUCAAAACCAAAGGAAUACGCAUGCAUUCUAGGAACUGCUCUAGUUCUAGUCAAAGAUUCAUUUGGCGGUUAUCAACCUGUCAGAGGACUCAUCGACAGCGCUGCCAUGUCUACAUUUAUAACUAAGCGCUGUGCAAACAAAUUGGGUCUAAAAAUCCACAAAGAAGCGCCUCCAAUUUCAGGGUUAGGCAAUCAAGCAGUCAAUGAUAUUCAUGGUACUGUGGAAUGUGAGAUCAAGUCUCGCAUUGAAUCGUAG